AUGGCUCACUCCAAAGAUCCAGUUGGCCACUGGAAGGAUCUGGAAUGCUGGCUGAGCGUUGUAACAGGCAGUCUCCUCCCUAAAGCAGCCGAAACACUGCAGCCCCUGACGCAAAACCAAUUGGAUGAGAACAUAGACAGCAUCAUGAAGCAAGACCCAAGUCAAAGCUUCAACCACAAGGAGCUGGCCAAAAUCACUGGUACUUUGAGUCACACACUCAUAGCCACCCUCAAAUUGAGUGACAGACACGCCUCCCAACUCCAACACAAGCUGACAUGCCUGCAAGCCCGCAUCGAGAAGCUAGAGCUAGAGGCUCAGGAACGUCUGGAACAACCAAAUGAGGUAGAUGAAGGUACCACAGAGGAGAUUGACAAACUACAAGAAGCUUUAACAGCCAUCACAGAAGAAAGAGAACAAGCCAGAGCAGACCACGCUGACGUUGCUAACAAGCUAGAUUACGCUGAACAACUACUGAAGGAAGCGAAGGUGGACUUAAGAGACAAGAAGGCCAGAAUCAAAGCCCUUGAAACUCACCUGAGCGAAGCAAGACAUGAGAUCGACAGACUAAUGCAGGAAGUGGAUGACAUCGAAGAGGAAUCCGCCAGUGAACUCAAGCAUGCCUAUGCACUGCGCUAUGAACCUCCAAAGACAAGAUGUGCACCAGCCUCACCCCGGCCAAGCAGAACAGGAUCCCCUGUCCCUGAGCUUUCACCUAUUGAAAGAGGUGAAAAACCACGUCGAAGACCUUCACCAACACCUUCUGAAGAGUCUUACCAUAUCCCACAACGACGAGAGCCUGUGAUUUCCAGUCACAGAUCGUCAUACAGUCUGGACCUUAAAGACCUUGACAAGCUGGCCAGAAACAUUGGCAAGUUUACUCCAAGUGUGUCAGGUGGGUUGGAGGUCCACGCUUAUUAGCAAGACAU